AGAAAACAAGAUAAUAAUGAAAGCAAAGAAAAAGAGACUGGCACCUUACAUUCGCGCGUGCAUGCAACUAAAGAAGUAUUUUUACAGACUCUUGUAGUAAUUAUUAAGGGAAAGAAAGCGCAGCGUAAAGCUAGAAUUAUUUUAGAUACGGGUUCUCAAAAGUCUUAUAUUAUGAAAUCUACUGCAGAAGAGUUAGGUUUUGAUUUUGAAAGGAAAGAAGAAUUUUCGACCUCAUUAUUUGGGGGUAAGAAAACAGAAAUUCAACGGCACAAAUGUUAUAAAAUAUAUCUCGAUAGCCUUGAUGGUAAAUAUAGUUGUAAUUUAGGUGCAUUGGAUCAGGAAAUAAUUUGUAAUAAUGUUUCUAGCAUUAGACAAGGGCCGUGGAUUCGAGAAUUGAGACAAAAAAGGAUAUUUAUAACUGAUUGUGGGAAUUCAGGACCUAUUGAAGUUCUUUUAGGGGCUGAUGUUGUUGGUAAACUAUUUACGGGUAAACAAGAACAAUUAAAAUCUGGAUUAGUGGCCUUGGACACUAAAUUAGGAUGGACAUUAAUAGGGAAGGUUCCUCAGUUUGAAAACCAUGAUAAUUUAAAUAUGACAGUUGUAAAUAUGCUUUCUCAAGAAUUACCUGUUUCGUUUUUAUGGGAUUUAGAAUUACUUGGUAUUAGAGAUCCUGUUGAACAAAACACUAGAGAAGAUACACAAAAGGCAGUUAUGAUUCAUUUUCGAGACACAGUUCAUCAAAAUUCAGAUGGAAGAUACGAAGUAAGCUUACCAUGGAAAAAGGAUCAUGCUUUAUUACCGAAUAAUUAUGAGUUGUCUCUUAAAAGAUUAAAAUCUACUAACAAGAAAUUAGAAAAAACGGGAUAUGAAAAGAAAUACCAGCAAGUUUUUGAUGAAUGGAUAGAAGAAGAAGUGAUUGAGAAAGUUCCACAAGAAGAAUUGUCAAUUAAAGGUACACAUUACCUCCCACAUCGCCCAAUUAUUAAGGAAAAGUCAACGACAACUUCUUUGAAAAUCAGACCCGUCUGUCGGAGCUAA